AUUGAUCGUUGUACCAUGGACUGAGAGGUCCUGGUUCAAUUCCUGGUCGGGGCACGUGCCCAGGUUGCGGGCUCGAUCCCCAGGCAUGCAGAAGAUCCUUGCCGGUACAUUUCUGGAUAUCCUGUUGAACCUUAAGAAUUCAAAGAAACUGCCAGGUGACCACUGAAAAAGAUCUAAUCUUAAGGCUUACGCAUCCACCACAUCAGAGCAAUGUCCUACGUUUUUGUAAAUGAUUCUUCUCAGACUAAUGUGCCCUUGCUACAAGCCUGUAUUGAUGGAGACUUUAACUAUUCCAAGCGGCUUUUGGAAAGUGGCUUUGACCCAAAUAUUCGCGACAACAGGGGCAGAACAGGCCUUCACCUUGCAGCAGCCCGUGGGAAUGUAGACAUCUGCCAGUUGUUACAUAAAUUUGGUGCUGAUCUUCUGGCCACAGAUUAUCAAGGGAACACAGCUCUUCAUCUCUGUGGUCAUGUGGAUACUAUUCAGUUCUUAGUUUCCAAUGGACUUAAAAUUGAUAUUUGCAAUCAUCAAGGUGCUACACCCUUAGUCCUGGCAAAGCGCAGGGGAGUGAAUAAAGAUGUCAUCCGAUUGCUGGAAUCUUUGGAAGAACAGGAGGUAAAAGGAUUUAACAGAGGAACCCACUCAAAACUGGAGACCAUGCAGACAGCUGAGAGUGAAAGUGCCAUGGAAAGCCAUUCUCUCCUCAAUCCCAACUUACAGCAAGGUGAAGGAGUCCUGUCCAGUUUCCGAACCACGUGGCAGGAGUUUGUAGAGGAUCUGGGCUUCUGGAGGGUUUUGCUCUUGAUCUUUGUCAUUGCUUUGCUGUCUCUUGGUAUUGCUUACUAUGUGAGUGGGGUGCUACCCUUCGUGGAAAACCAGCCUGAACUGGUGCAUUGAAGGAGCUCCUGGAAGAUGGGCACAUGCCUGUUUCCUGGCUUCUAGUGUUUCCCAGUUUCUCAAAAUUGUUCUCUUAGUGCAAGGCAGUGAGGGCUGUACAUUUUUUUCUUUGUGCAUUUUUAUGUAUUGUGAUACUUUUAGAAUGACAUGUUCAUUUAAACUAACUACAUACUGUAGUCAAGUAUACUGCAUCCUAAAGCUACCUCUGAUUCAACCUAACUUAGGAACACACAGCCUUGUUUGGUAAAAACAUGAAAAUGACUAAAGAAAGGUAAGUGAAGUCCUUGCUAUAGAAACCUUACCUCGAUAUAGGACCAACUAAACUGAAGUGUUUAAAAAGAAAAAGGCUUCCUUAUAUGAUUCGUUUUGGUUGUUGG